AUGCGGCCGCCCGAGGCGUUUGCACGCCGCCGUUCUGUCGCUGCGGCUGUUGAUGCCGACCUCUCCGUGCACAUGGCCGGCGACAGUGGCAGCGGCAGCACAGCGCCGGCGAUGACCUAUUUCCUGGCAGCCGAAGACGAGAUCGACGCGGCCGUCGAGAGCUCCUGUGGGGCCGGAUUCCACCUUCGCGAGCUGAUCGCGUCGAGCCAACCGCAGCCGUCUCAGCACCGCAGAGUGGAGGCCACGACGGUGGAAGUGGAAGCUGCUGCAGUCGUGGCAUCGAGCUCCACACCGCUCAGUCGGGACGACGGCCACGUCAGACGCGAGGACCACGAAGACGACAGCCGCCCUGCUCCUGUCGAUGUUCCGAGCAUCAGCCAUCGUCCCCGCACACCAGCUGCGACCAGACACGAUCUCAACCUUGACCACGACCGUGAUCUGGUCCGGUCCAUCUGUUCUCCCUCGCUCUCGCGGCCCAGCACGCCAAGCCUGUUUGGCACGCCGGGCCCGGCCUCGCUGUCGGCCCUGAGCAGCCCGUCGUCCCGGCACAACUCGCUGGCGAGCUCGUUUCUGGACGACAGCGAGCCAGACCCGGUCGUGCUGCCCGAAGGCGGAGAACACGGCCGGUUUGGCAGUUUUGACGGCAGCCAUCACCACAUCCACCAGAUCGCGGCCAGCAGUCCGCCGUCCCUCGCCGCCUCCGCCCUCUCGAUCGCGACGGCCGACGAUAGCCGGAUGAUGGACAGCGGCAGCGCGCCGCAGCUGAUCAUGCCCAGCAUCCAGAUGCCCAGCCGGCGACCCUUUACGGCCACCGGCCGGCAGCUCGGCCGGCUCAAGGUGCUCAUCGCCGGUGACACUGGCCUCGGCAAGACGUCGCUCAUCAAGGCCAUCGUGCAGUCGUGCCAGCACAUUGUACACGUCGACCACAUCGCUCCGGCGAGUACCGUCGGCCGUCGUCGAUCGGCCCCGGCCAGCCGACCUGCCCUGGGACACGCACACACGCACCGUCGGCCGUCCCGGUUUUCACCGCCCGACCAGUCCACCGGCAAGAUCACCGAGAUCUAUGCGAGCACCAAGCCGUACCCGGCCUGGUGGAGCGAGCUGGACGACAGCCGGGCCCCAACCAAGAGGAAGAGCCUCGGCGACAACGUGCUCGACCGCAACAUCUGCUUUGUCGACACGCCAGGCUACAGCGGCCAGACAUCCGUCAUGGACGCUAUCACACCGGUGGUGCAGUACGUAGAGUCGUUCUUGCACCGGCUGCGUUCGAACGCGCUGAGCGAUGCCGACCUCGUCAGUCUCUUGACGGGUGAUGGAGGGCUGUCGAUCGACGUGGUCUUCUAUCUCGUUUCCGGAGAUCUGAAGCCGGCCGACAUUGAAUAUCUGCGACUGCUCGCACCACUGACCAACAUCAUCCCUCUGCUGGCACGGGCAGACACGAUCGCGUCCGAGACCGAAGUCGCGUGGGCCAAGGAGCGGAUGGCCAAGCAGCUUCUGGAAGCCAACAUACAGCCGUUUGCCUUUGCAGCGCCGGCAACGGCCUUGGUUUUGCCCUAUGCCAUAUCGAGCACGCCGGGCGUCGACCUCGACACGAUGGACGCGAGCCUUCUGAUGAGCCCCGACUACGUCCAGCCGCUGGUGCCGACCGAGUUGGCUCAGCUGGUCGACCGCGUCUUCUGCCCGGACGGCGCCUCUCGUCUGCGCCAUGCGGCUGCCCGCAAGUCCGUCCAGUGGAGGAAGUGCGGGCUUGAUGCGGACGCGGGCAGCUCGUUGCUGUUGUCGUCGCCGUCGUCGCCGCCGGUGCCGUCACGGCCCCAGCACCUCUACCGGCCCCUGAACCUGAACCUGAGCCUGGCCCGGAUGGCCGACCACACGCAGCGGGAAGAGCGGCUGGCCCAGAUCCGGCUGGCCACCUGGGCCGCCGAGCUGCAGCGCCACCUGGACAGCGAGCGGGCCCGGUUCGAGAACCUGGCCCGGAACGAACGUGCCGUCUGGCUGACGGAGCGACUGAGCGAGUGCGUUCAGGAUGGAAGCCUGGUGGCUGUGGCUGCCGAUCACCGCAGCCGAAGCCAAAGCCAAGGCCAUGGGCUGAAGCGACACGAUACCCGCACGCAUCACGGCUACCGCGCCGACCUCUUUGGCCAGAACAAGAAGAAGAGCCGACGGCCGUGGUCGACGAGGUCCGUGUCGGCAUCACUCUGCCACGAAGACCCGCUCGGCCUGCUCGAGGUCACGGCAGGCCUGAGGGCCCGCGGCUGGCUCGUUCUCGAAGUCCUCGGCAGCCUGAGCAUGCUCGGCGGCAUGGCGCUGUGGGUGGCCCGGUACAACUACCACCUGCAGCUGUACGGCUGGGUCGUCGACGAAUGGGCCAAGUUCUGGGGCGGGGGCCGUUGA